AGGAGCGCAGAUCUGUGAGCGUGUAAGAGGCUCCGGCUUGCAAGGGGGUCUUUACAAGAUGCGGUUAUCCUGCUACCUAGUAUUCUGUGUCCUUCUGGUUCCCAGUUUACAACAAGAGAAUGAGGAGCCCAACACCUUCACGGAAUGCACAGAUGGCUAUGAGUGGGAUUCAGAGAGACAUCAUUGUAAAGAUAUCAAUGAAUGUCUGACAAUCCCUGAUGCCUGCAAGGGUGAAAUGAAGUGCAUCAAUCAUUAUGGUGGUUAUCUAUGCCUCCCUCGUUCGGCCUCUGUAAUUAGUGACUCCCAGCCUGAUCCUGGACCCGCUGGAAGCCCUCAGGGUGGUGCUGAAACUGAUCAAAGAAACAACCCUUGUCCAAAUGGGUACCAGCCUGAUUCACAAGGACUGGAUACUUGUGUAGAUGUAGAUGAAUGCGCCCUUGAAAUGGAUGACUGUCUGCCGAGCCAGGAUUGUGUAAACAUACCAGGUAGUUUCCACUGUAAAUGUCCAGAAGGCUAUAGGAAGAUUGGAAAUGAGUGUAUAGACAUUGAUGAGUGCAGAUACAGAUACUGUCAACAUCGAUGUGUUAAUUCUCCUGGAUCUUUCACCUGUCAGUGUGAGCCGGGAUUUCAGCUGGCAUCUAAUAACCGCUCAUGCGUAGAUGUCAAUGAAUGUUCAAUGGGCGCACCAUGCCAACAGCGCUGCUACAACACCUAUGGCACCUUUCUCUGUCGCUGUAAUCAAGGCUAUGAACUGGAUCAGGAUGGCUAUACCUGCAAUGAUAUUGAUGAAUGCAGCUACUCCAGCUACCUGUGCCAGCAUCAGUGUGUGAACGAGCCUGGGCGCUUUUCCUGCAUUUGUCCGGAUGGAUACAGUUUGCUGGGCACCCGCCUCUGCCAGGAUAUCAACGAAUGUGAGACCGGAGCCCAUACUUGCACUGAACAACAAUCCUGCGUCAACUUCCAUGGGGGUUACCGUUGCGUAGAAAAGAAUCUCUGCAUAGAACCAUAUAUUCAAGUGUCUGACAACCGAUGUAUGUGCCCAAGCAGUAACCCCCUGUGCCGUGAUGAACCUGGUUCCGUGGUAUAUAGGUACAUGAGCAUCAUGUCAGACCGCAGUGUGCCCUCAGAUAUAUUCCAGAUCCAAGCCACCAGUGUCUACCCUCGGGCUUACAACACCUUCCAGAUACGAUCAGGAAAUGAGCAGGGAGAUUUCUACAUCAGGCAAAUAAACAAUAUUAGCGCGAUGCUUGUACUGGCACGUGCCAUCACCGGCCCCCAGGAGUAUGUUCUGGAUCUGGAAAUGCUGACCACCAACUCCCUACUGAGCUACCGCUCCAGUUCUGUACUCAGACUCACUAUAUUCGUUGGGGCACAUUCCUUCUAGAGCAAGUCACUGCAUUAUCUUUUGGGCUAUAAAACUUUUCUCUCUAUCUAUUUGUUCAAUGAUAUUUUAUUUGUUGUCAAUUAAAAAAAAGAUUGGUUUUGAAAAGGGAUGUCUUUCAGUGCAAAGCAAUGGAAGAUAUUGGCACUGCAAAAGGUUUACCAAGUCCUUGUCAGUGAGGCCUUGGGUUCAAAUAAACUGACAGAAUAUCCAGAACCGGGCUUAGAAUGCUCUGACUUCAGUGUAAUGCAGUGUGAUCAUGUAACAGAAUAGUAUCAGCUAUAAACUUGGACUUAAUAUGGUUUCUGCUAAUAGUAGUCGUCUGAUUACAUUGCAAAUCAGGGACAGCCAGAUUAUGCUGGGUUUGUAUCUGUUGUAUGGGGGAAUGCCUUACAGGACUCCAAGGUGUUGCUCAAUUUCCAUACUGGGGGCUCAUGAUUAUGAGCAACAGUUAGCUUUGUUAAAUACAUAGAAUGGUUAAAUGUGUUGUUCAUGGAUAAAGGUCAAUGUUGUUUUGCCCUGUUUUCCAGCAAAAAAUAAAUAAAAAAUGAAGAGAAUGAGAGAAUUAAGAUUAGUUGAUGUACAGUGAGAUGACCACAUGCCACUAUUGCCCAAACCAGCCCUUGGAGACAAAGCACUGCAAGUUUGUAGUUACAAAAAGGACACAGGUGCAUUAAUAUGCCCCUUUUUAUAUCCACUCGAAACAUUUCACCCACAAUUCUGAAAAAAGCACUGGAAGAUGUCCAGAGGACUGGAGAUGAGAAAAUCCACCACAUGCAAUGCACCAGACACCAAAAUAUAUUGACUCAUGCAUAUAAGCAUAAGCACUGAUUUAAAAGGGAUGUUUUUUGCGAGGGGCAGACUCAAAUGGGAUGCCAUUUCUUGACUACAGUUAUUCCACAGUUAAAUUUCAGUGGCGUUCACCAAAUAAAUAGGCAAAAACUUUAUGAACCAGUCAAGUUUUUGAACAAUGUUAGGCAUUACUAUGAAUAUCAUAGGAUGCCUUGUAUGUGGCAGUCUCUAUUUUAGGUGUAUUUUUUCUUUAAAUGUACGUUGACAUAUAUACAAAGGCUAAAGUACAAAGGACCAUAACUCAAAGGAUGUAAUCCUAAAACGUCAAUGUAAAUGUGAUAUCAAAUUUGUCCUGUUAGUCGCAUUCAAACAACCUAAACAUCAAAGUGAGGGAAAAGGUGCCCAAUGUACAUCCUCUCUACUGAGUGUGAAAUAAAAACUGUGUAAGAUUAUAUCAUUAUUGUUCAGCCUCUGUUUCCCUGUCCUUGUAAAUUUCUCCUCUUUGUACAAGAUUUUUUUCUGUAUUACUAAAUAUUACUGUUCACCAAUAAAGAGAAAUAAAUGAUGGCUAAAUUA